GCUUGACACGUAAGACAUGUUUUUUUACUGCUAAGUUUACACAGUGAAACCAAAGGUAGAAUCUUUGUUUCUGUUCCUCUUUCCGUGCCAUUACUUGAUAUUUGUACGUAAGUUUGGUAGUUGCCAAAUCAUGAGCUCAUUGUAAUUAACACCUGUUGUGUACUUUCUUUGCGUCAUGCGACUUUGUUCCGUGACCGUUGUGGGCCACACAAGCGCGAUUGGCUGUCACCGCUCCGUGCCUUACCUGUCGAGUCUGACCCGACCGAGAAUUUUGUUUACACUUUCAACAGCUCCUCAGGUGCUACAGGUCGGCGGGCGGGGACUUAUUAACCCUGAGGAACAAUACUAUCUUCCAGCAAAGGUUUAGGCUGUUCUAGGCGCUAUCUUUUUGUACUGGUAUCUCUUUUAUACGCCAGUGGCAAAUAGUAACUGCAUGGCAAAUGGUAACUGCCUGGCCGACUCGAUACUGUCUUCUCAGCCACCGAAAGAUCUGCUAGGAGAUUAGGGUAGAACAAUGGCGGCGGCGAAGGACCCAGUCAUGACUCUGGAGCAGUUCGUGUCCGAACACGAGAUUCCCGCCACAGUUGAGGUGGCGGAGGGCCUGUACGCCACCAACAUUGACCGGGACUUCUCCAUCGGCGACGUGAUCAAGAUUCUACCGGCGAAGCACGCGCCCAGGCUGAGAGGUCAGCCUCACAGAGAGGUGGAGAUCGUGACCCGUCACGGCGGCAUGCGCAAGACUCUUCCCGUCAGCUGGCCGAUCUUCGUACGACCAGUCACGACAGGAGGGGAGGACUUCCAACAACCCAUGGACCUGUCAGAGCUGUGCCGCAGGUACGGGCAGGGUUUCCCCGUCCUGGUGGAGACAGUCGAGGGAACGUUCCAACCCAAGGGCACGGCGGUCAGGAUCCAGAAGGGCGUCCGCCUGUCCGUGUACUACGACCUGACCGUCCGGACGGUGUUAGCGCGGGACCAGGCCACCAGGGUCGCCAUCAGGGAAAGCUACCGCGGGGUUUUCGAGAAGAGGCCGCAAGUUUAUCCGACGGUUCACGACUUGUACAUAUCCGAGACGGAGGGGAAAGUUCGUGCCACGAAAACUGUUCCCGUUUCGCAUCCGGACCUGGACUCGGUCUUCCUGGACGACGUCAUCACGCCGGCGGGUAAGAAGGGGAAAGUCCCGUGCAGCCGGCAGCCCAGCGGGCACGUGGAGUAUCUCCUGUGCACGCGCAAACAGAGGACGGAAAGCGGCCGGCUCCAAGUAGAACCGAUCAGAAUCCCCCUCUCCAUGGUCUGUCCGUUUGAGGAAAUCUUGGAGGAGAAGCAGAAGUCGGAGUUUACGUUGAGAGAACUGUUUCAGAACGGUCGCCCAGAACUGCCGGUAAGACUAGGGCUAGUCAGAGGAGACCCGAGGUUCCCCGACAAGACCCUCGCCUACAUGGACACGAUAACCGUGGAGGGGAUAUACGACGAGGGUUACGUCGUUGCGAGCGAGUACGACAACGAAUCUCCGGACAAACCGAUAUUCGAGAUCCCCCUGCACGCAGGUCUGAAGGUCAAACACUUAGUAAAGCUUUACACGGAACUUGACGACAAAGUCAAGAUCAAGUACUACCCCAUUGAAAGACUACCGGAGCACAUCUACCUAGAGAAACGUACGCUGGUGUCCGCUUAUGAAGACAUUGAGAUGGUGCCCCCCGUCCCUCCUCGCCCCCGGGGAGUUAGGUCCUUCAGUACCCCCGAUGUGGAAGCCACGUCCCCAACCGAAGUCAAAGUCCCGCCAGUGCCCAAGCAUGGAUCGGAGGCGGGGCCUAAACCUGUAGUAGUAACGGGCCGGCCGCGCCAGGCCUCCCUCCCUGAUGACUGGCUGGGAGCUCAAGGUCGUGGGGACUCCGGUGCCCUUGGCUUCCAAACGAGCACCCUUCCCGCCAAACCGUCGAAGUUGCGCAUCAAGAAAGGAUUCAAGAAGUUGAUGAAACGGGUGAAAGAGGGGCCACUGAGCCCAAGAGAACACCCAGACCCGAAAACAGUGACGACGACAGGCGCGGAAGGAACCGACGAGACACAGACACAGACUCAGAUACAGACUCAGAUACAGACACCCCCACAAACUCAGAAACAGACAACCCCACAAACUCAGAAACAGCCACGAGCACAAACACCCCCUCAAGUAAGCAGCGAGAGUGGUCAGCAGACAGGGUGUGAAGCUAGAAGUCAUAGCCCAAGGUCCCCCACAGAAGAUGAGAUAAGGCUUAGGGACCCUGACGAGUACGAGUGGAUAGACAGCAGUGACGAGGACGACGACUACCUGACGCCGGUGUGUUCUCCCACCGACCCGGCCGCGGCCAUGUCCCUCCCCGCACAGUUCAUGAAGACAGCUCUGUCCAAACAGCUGUCUCACGUGUCCGAGGAGGGCGACAGCGACGGCAGUUACGUCACGCCCAUGACGUCACCGACCGCGUCACGGGCAGUGGAGUUUUCAGACGAUGACGACGACAGCAGUGAUGAGUAUUUGGACAUGAACAGGGAGUCUGAGUUCGGGACUGUGACGUCCCUGAAACAGUUUCCCCGACCAGCCUCACGCCGUGGGCACAGACCUGACGACACCCAGCAGGGACUCACUAGGACUUCUACUAUAAGUACUACUAGCACAGAUUCAGGCUUCAGCGACCCGACAGCAGCGGAGAAGACCAUCCCGCCCAAGGAUUACAACAUCCUAGACUUCUCCGCCCAGGACAUGACCCGGUUACUCCGCUACUUCCACUUCAGCGAGGACACGGUCCAGUCCUUCCACGCCCAGGGCAUCACGGGAUCCGAGGUGCUGAAGAUGACGCCACGGCAGAUGGCCCAGGAGUUCUACAUGGACGAUUUCCAGAUCAAAAUGCUCAGUCACUUCGUGGAGAAGACCAAGGAGAUCAACAAGAUUCCCCUGGCCAGACGCUCGGGUUCUGACUGUUAGGUUUAAUUUGGUCACUAGGGUAGUCUGCACCAGGCUAACUAAGUGGCUGAAAAAUAGUGAAAGCUAGCCAAAUAAACAUGACAGUGCCUGGCGCAGCCUACGAAACAAGAUCCAAAGGAAAAUUAGGAAAGCCAAGAAAAAGUUCUACGAGAACAAAAUACAAGCUCACCGAAAAGUCAAUCCCACCCAGUGGUAUUGAGGAAUAAAAACCAAGGAAAAUAAUGUCAGGGGAGUUUGGCCGCCAUAGAAUCCAUGUGCCUGAUUCAAUCAGAUUCAAUAGGAAAUGUUACCCUUAACAUGGUCAAAUCCCCUUAAUCAGUUAAUCCCUGCUUUUUAUAAGCAGUAAGUCACAUACCACAUCUAAUGUUACAUGUAUAUAAAUAUAAAUGCAAUAUAUUCAAGUGGAAAGGCUGUUUCAGUGUUUGGAUCAGCCCUACUAAUUUUGGAAGCCUGGAGCCUUGUUGGCUUUAGUCCAUUUCCAACAGCUAAAAGUUGAAAGUGGACAAAAGCUAGCAAGACUGAGGGUUCGAGGCUAAUUUAUGGGCCUUACACAGCUUGCAAUAUAGGUGGAGAUUUAACUAACGGUUAAGGAUUUAAGUAUAAUGUACCAAGACUUUUGAGCUAAGGCAGGAGCCAAAAAGUGGGUUACUUCUCAUUUACCUUACAAGGUACUAUUAUGUCAAUGGGAGGAUAACUUCAGAGAAUAUAUAGACUAAAGCAUGACACUAUAGUGAAACAGUAAGAACAGAAAACAGAGAAGGGUGGGCAAAACUGGUUGUCAGGCCAUCUGUGGUGGCCCAAUGGUGGAAUAAUCGGACUAAGGGAAAGAUAUACAUUUUGUGCUAUGUGCAACCACCAUCUCUGGAAUCCAAUCAGGUCACUUUGGGGCAGUUUCUAUCAUGUUUACAGGAACUGCUUCACAAAGAUUCAGUCUCAAUAGACUGGGGGCCCCAUGUUUGAGGAGAGCAACACCUCCAGAACAUUAAAAAUCUCCCAUUGAAGAGUAGGGGUUCAACAAACCUUACACAGUAAAGUUACAGUCUAGGCUUAAGCAGCUUCUAUCUACUGUACAAAACUGGUGUUUUAGGCUGUUAACCACACAAUAUGCAAAACAGACAUUAUACUGUAGAUUUUCAACCAAAACUCAUUAUCAAAGCCACAUGGAUACCAAUGAACAACUGAAGGCAAUUGUGUAACUAAGUGAGGUCCUUAUUAUGUGUGCAAUGUAUGAAUGUACAAAGCUUAAGUGUGCAUUGUUGCUUCAAAGUGUACAUUGAAACAAUUAUGUUGGAUGGAUACAAGCUGCCACGUUAUCCUCUACAAAAUGAUGCAGUCCAUUAUGUUGUCAUCAAUUUAAAUUCCUAAGUGUGAUUUGUUGUUAUAAUGUGAAAAAUAUUUAUGUUAU